AUGUUCGCCCCUGGAAUUCCUAGAAUCCUCGCAGAAUUCAAGACCAACGAUUCUCUCAUCGCAACUUUCAUCACCUCAAUCUACUUCCUUGGCUUCGCCUUUGGACCUCUGGUGGUAGCGCCUUUGAGCGAGCUUUAUGGCCGUGUUUACAUCUACCAUAUCAGCAACGUCUUAUUCGUUUCUUUCUGCGUGGGUGCUGCUCUGAGCACAAGCAUCGAUAUGCUCAUGGCAUUUCGCUUCUUAAUGGGUGUUGUCGGCUCAGUUCCCACAACUAUUGGUGUUGGAAGCAUCGUCGAUGUCAUGCCGAUUGAGAAACGCGGACGCUCAAUCUCACUCUGGGCAAUUGGUCCUCUUCUGGGCCCUUCCAUUGGGCCUGUCGCGGGAGGAUAUCUGAUCCAGGCUGCCGGCUGGCGUUGGGUCUAUUGGCUACUUGCGAUUUUGGGUGGUAUUUGCAGCAUUCUGGCCCUGUUGAUUAUGCGGGAAACAUAUGCGCCGAUCUUGCUGGAGCGCAAAGCCCGCCGACUACGAAAGGAAACCGGAAAUCAAGCCCUGCGAACAAAGGCUGACAGAGAUGGAAAGAGAUUGAUACAGAGAGCCGUGAUCCGUCCAUUAAAGUUUCUCUUUAUGACGCCUUUGGUGUCCAUCAUUGCUGCCUACGUCGGGAUCGCCUACGGAAUACUUUACCUACUAAUCGCUACAUUCUCAUUUGUCUAUACCGACCAAUAUCACUUCAGCGAAGGUGAUGCUGGCUUGGCAUUCCUACCAGCUGGACUUGGGAUGAUUAUUGGUGUCAUGACUUUCGGCAACGUCCAAGAUUAUCUUGUCAAGAAGGCGAAAGAGGGAAUGAAACCAGAUGAGAAGUACAGGCCUGAAGUCAAAAUCACGCCGUGGUUGACGAUUCCGGCCGGCCUCACGAUACCGAUUGGGCUGUUCAUCUAUGGCUGGACGACCGAAUACAAGGUUCACUGGAUUGUUCCCAUGAUAGGCGUAGUCAUCCUGUCUGGUGGACUCACUGGAGUUACGAUGUGUGUCCAAAAUUACCAAAUCGAUUCGUACGAAAGGUAUGCAGCGUCAGGUUCGGCAGCUGUCACACUAUCCCGAUCUCUGAUUGGCGCUUUGAUGCCUCUGGGAGGGUUAAAAAUGUAUCAUGCCUUGGGUUUGGGAUGGGGAAACAGUCUAUUAGGCUUCAUGUCUUUGGCGCUGGUGCCGGUACCUGUUGGUCUGUUUUUCUACGGGGGUAUGAUUCGGAGGAGAUUUGAUCCCGCGCUGUGA